AUGGGCGGUGAAAACCACCCACGUAGGGGAAAGAUGAACAAAGUUUAUCCUUCAGGAGUAAAGCGCCUGGGAACGAAUAGCCCUCUUAAUCUUAAUAUCAGGGGGGCAACUUAUGUACGCCGAGUUCUUUGGCGAACGUACUGUCCAUUGUUCUCGAAUGACGAUUCGGCAAGAAACAUAGAUGACACUCUCGACGCGUCCUUAUCAGCCGUCGACGUAAUGUCUCCCGCACUCAAAGUGAUUGCGAUACGAAUGAACGCGGGAUAA